UAUUGCUGCGCGCCCUUAAAGUUUUUGAGAGUUUUCCGAGUUUCUACGUGAAAAUCAAGAAAAUCAGCAGGAAUAUGAGUGCAUCAAAUGGAGAAUUAUCAUCUGCAAUAAAUAUUCAAUGUGAAAACUUGAGGGAAAUUCUUAAAUCUUUAGAGGAAAAGCGAUUGGUGCUUUCUCGUGCUGCUGAAGAGAAUUUGAUCAUCAGGUGCCAGUUGCAGCUUUUGUGCCAGACAAUUUUCAACCAUCAUCUCCAAUGUGUUGGGACUGAAGCUUCUGAUUACAGACACGAAAUUGAGUUGCAGAAAUUAAUCAAAGAGAAUAAGAACUCUGAAAUACUUAUAAUGAACAUGUGCAAGACAAUCGCCAAAAUGUGCGAUGAAUCUUACAGACUUCUCAAUCUAAUCCAGGGAAUCCAGGACAAUCAUCCUGAGUUGUUCUCCGACUUUGAGGAAUCUGAGGAAUAUUCAAUGGAUGAGAUUGAGGCUGAUAGUAGCGAGGAGGAUGAAGAAAAAACAGAUGAUUCGAUUGAGGAUGAGGAAAAGGAAGAUUAGGAGAUGUAUUGAAUUUCCAGGGUGUGCUGUAAAACGUGUAAAACGAAUUCUGAAAUAAAAAUUUAUAUUUACAAUUUUCCCGCGCCACGAAAAGGCGCCACAAUCGAAAAAGAGUUUUUCACACCAAAAUACGGGACCUAACCUCAUUUUUUGUUAAAAAAUGUCUUUGAUUCGUGUUCAAGUGGGAUUUUCUCAGUUUUUCCGCCUCAAUUGCCGAUAUUUUGCCACUGGAGCUGCUCCAGCAAGUGAAGAGUAUGUGACAGAGGCACAAUAUCCAGAGAUCAAGGAUCCCAGCUUCCAUGCGAGAAUGUACCGGCGAAAGGAGGAGUGGCAUGAGAAACUCCGGAAAGUAGCCACUGUGGAGGAGAAACUGAUAGGUAUCAACAUGCCCAGAUACUAUGGGUACAAGUGUGUGAUGCUGAAUGAUCAGAAAUAUCCCUACAAUUGCUUGGCACUCAAUCAAUUCUGCACUCGGACAGUUUUUCACGAGUCUGAAAAACUUCCGGACUUCUACAGGAAGUUCGAUGAGACUGUGGAACGGAUGGCAAACAGCCUGAAGGGGGCCAUUGAAGAGACAGUCUGGCAUGAACUGAGGGGCUACCGGAGAGCCCAUGAGGUAAGCAAUGUUGAAAUAAAUAAGGGAGAUGAGUUGGAUAUUGUGGCUGCGGCUGUUGUCCGGGCAAUCAAUAGAGUCCUCCUGAACAGCAUGUGCGAGGAAUUUUCGCAUCUGGAUGAGGUAGAUGUUGAUCUGACACCUCGACAUGAGGCUUUUUGGACAGUGGGAGGGAUAAAACCGCCUGGAAAAUUUGUGAAAAUCCGAAAAAAUUCAGGCUGGGCAAAGGAAUAUAAAGAUGAUCCUGUAGAUAGAUUUUUCCAAUAUCGAGGGUCUCCAUAUCUUGCUCUGAGGCAUGAAUUCCCCCUUGAGCCUCUGACAGACGUUUUGCAGGAUUCCUCUAGUGUCCCAGAGUUCCUCUAUGAUCCCCAUACCAUCGGCUAUGCUACUGACCACUGCCACGGAACUUGUAUUCCUGGCUUCUGGCCAGGAGAACACAGAGAAUUUGGGACACUCUCCUUUCAAUCAAGGAGUUACUUGGUUAACAGGAAUAAGAAUUACGGUGCCCAGGAUGAACAGGAAGCUCUGCAUGCUACAGGAAUAACUAGUACUUAUGCCUGGCUUCUGGCCCAAGCAGCUUAUCAGGGUUUUAACACCUACAAUGAGCUCACUUAUCCCCUUGUGGGGCAGACAGUGGUCACAGAUGGUCAGAACUGGUCAUUUUAUGCCUAUCAACUCAAUACUCUUCUCCUGCAUUCGCAUUUCUGGAAGGAAAAUCCAAAAGCCAACGAAUGCUGGGGAACUCCUGAAGAAAAACUCUUCCAGGAGAUUGAUGACCAAGGAAAACUUAUCGGAUUCAAUGAGAAAGUCCUCAGAAAUCUCAUAGCUUUCUACUGCAAUGCUCCCAAGAAGCGAAACAUCGAGAUGAGGCCCUAUUUGGACCCAAAGGAACAGCAUUUGGCAGAUAUUGAGAACCCGGAGAAGAGGAAAUGGCUCGAAGAGAGAUUUAAGUUCAUCAUGUCCAAUAGGCCGAAGCACCAUCAGAUUCCAGAGAUUCAGAACUGGGAGAAGAUCUACCAGAUUGACCACGACAAGAGACCCAUGGAUGCCAGGAGAAAGUUCUUCCAGCUCAAUGUGAACCCUUUCAGAAGGCGCUUGAAUGAACACAUGCCUAGGUAUAUUCCCAAGCCCCUUAGGCCAGGAGGACCCAAAAGCAAAGACAAGUUUGUCAAGGAGUGGUACCCAGAUUGCUGAGCAUUUUCUCUUUGUAGUCUCUAGUUCAAAUAAAGAUUUCUCCAUGUUUUUGAUUCUUUGCCAGACUUUGGUCAGACAGAAA